AUCCACACAGUACAAAGUAUGGCUUCGAUUUUACCUGCUUCCAAUAAAUCCAUGACAUCUGACAGGAAUACAUAUGUUGGAAAAAGGUUUGUUCAUGUUAAAAAUCCUUACCUGGAUUCUAUGGAUGAAGACAUUCUCUAUCACUUGGAUUUAGGAACAAAAACACACAAUCUACCAGCAAUGUUUGGGGAUGUAAAGUUUGUCUGCGUUGGGGGGAGCCCCAACAGAAUGAAAGCGUUUGCAUUGUUUAUGCGUAAGGAGCUUGGAUUGGAGGAAAGUGGAGAGCACAUAAAGGACAUCUGUGCUGGGACAGACAGAUACUGUAUGUACAAAAUUGGUCCCGUGCUCUCCAUCAGCCAUGGUAUGGGCAUUCCUUCCAUUUCUAUCAUGCUUCAUGAACUCAUCAAAUUACUGCACCACGCCCAGUGCUGUGACGUUACCAUUAUCAGAAUUGGCACAUCAGGGGGAAUAGGGAUCACACCGGGGUCUGUUGUAAUAACAGAUACAGCUGUAGAUUCUUUCUUCAAGCCUCGGUUUGAACAGGUAAUCUUGGAUAACAUUGUCACCCGAAGUACUGAACUUGACAAGGAACUGGCUGAGGAAUUAUUUAACUGUAGCAAAGGAAUACCCAACUUCCCAACGCUCAUUGGACAUACGAUGUGUACCUAUGAUUUUUAUGAAGGCCAGGGUCGACUAGAUGGAGCACUGUGCUCCUUUUCCAGAGAAAAAAAGGUAGAUUACUUGAAGAGAGCAUACAAAGCCGGCGUCAGGAACAUUGAAAUGGAAUCUACAGUGUUCGCAGCCAUGUGUAGACUUUGUGGUCUAAAAGCUGCGGUGGUCUGUGUGACACUUCUAGACAGACUUGAAUGUGACCAGAUCAACUUGCCCCACGAUGUUCUGGUGGACUACCAGCAAAGGCCUCAACUUCUAAUCUCCAACUUCAUCAAACGGCGGCUUGGACUUCAUGACCAGACGUCAUAA